UCGAGUUUUCUUAUAUUUUUAGCAUAUAUUUCAGUCACAAACGUCUAUUUUACAAUGGGAAUCCGAAUGACUGAUCAGGACCUUUAAACUCCUCCCAGUUGUUUCUUUUUUUUACGGAAACGGGCGGGGUGGUGCACAGGUACGGUGAAAUCUCGAAGCUAGCUCUCGUCUGGCGGAGUUAUUACUUUUUCAGUAAACAAUUAUGGCGGCCGCGGAUCCCUGGUCCUCGAGUGACGACGGGCCCGCAAGUAGAGGAGGGUUCCCGGAUGGUGAGAACAACAACGAGCGCGAUGGCCCGGGAGGAAGCGGCGGAGAGGCAGAACGCAAGUCAGAUCGGGCCACAUUCGAAUGCAACAUUUGUUUGGACACAGCAAGGGACGCUGUCAUCAGUUUGUGCGGGCACUUGUUCUGCUGGCCCUGCCUUCAUCAAUGGUUGGAGACGCGGCCCAGCCAACAGCAGUGUCCUGUGUGUAAAGCAGGCAUCAGCAGAGAGAAAGUCAUCCCCCUCUACGGCAGAGGAAGCUCCAGCCAAGAGGACCCCAGGUUGAAAACCCCGCCUCGUCCUCCGGGACAGAGAACAGAGCCAGAGAGCAGAGGGCCCUUCCAGGGGUUCGGGGACAAUGGCUUCCACAUGUCCUUUGGGAUCGGUGCUUUCCCUUUCGGCUUCUUCACCACAGUCUUCAACACCAACGACCCCUACCACAGAGCAGACGCAUAUGCAGCCGAUCACCAAGGCAACGGCAACAACUGGCAGGACUCUCUCUUCCUGUUUGUGGCCAUCUUCUUCUUCUUCUGGCUGCUGAGCGUGUAAGGGAGAGGGAGGGAAAGGAAAGGUGCCCACACUCAUACACACGUCAAAACACCAGGAACGACCGACUUACUCAAUAGUGGCUGAGUCUCUGUGGGUUUUUGCUCUUCCUUUCUACUUGAUUGAUGGAUUAAGGUCACUAAUUAGGAAAUAACUCCCCUCACCUGCUGUCUAGGUUUUUAUUUAAAGGAAAAAACAAAAACCCGAAGACACCAGGCCCUCCAUGGAAUAUUUGACACCUCUGCUUUAGACUAUAGAUGGGUGGUGGUGGGAUGACUGGCAGUUCACUCUUAGCAAGAGCUAUCUAGUUCAGGAAACACAAACCAGUCAAAGAUUUGUGUAUCCCCCAAAUGAUUUACGAGACUCACUUGGAUAGGGAGAGUACACUGAGACACCACUCUGGUGGUGGAUGAUACCCAAGCACGAGGGUGAGUAAAGCGAAGACACUAUUGCCCUCUUUCUGUGGAAUUUGUACAUAAAUGCGCACACACAGGGGUGGGGCUGCUGGCUGACUUUUAGGGAUGGGACUGGUGGAUAGUCAAUAUUAAAUGAUUGGAAUGAUUUAAUAGUAAGUUAGGGGAUGAUUAUAAGUAAUUUCAGGUUUAAUUCCCCAAAUAUUAGAGCUUGUUUGAGUUUUAAGGGAGGGUGAGAAUGGGAUUUACCUGAUAACAUAAAUGUUUUUCUUUAAUCACUAUAGCCACUUUUUUCCAGGCCAAAGAGUAACGUAUCACCGUCAAGUACAAUUUGGGGAAAAUGUAUUUGGAUAUUCCUGUUUACAAUUUAACUGAUUAAAUAAUUUGUCCGUAGAUUUACGAACCCAAUUUAUGAAUAUUCUUUAGACUAGUGUACAGAUGGGUACACUAACAACUUUAUAUAUAAUCUUAACAAACUGCCAUUGCACUGUGAAGUCAUAUAGAGAAGACAGACCUAAUAAUGUGGAUUAGAGCUACAGUGUAUUCGGAAAGUAUUCAGACCCCUUCACUUUUUCCACAAUUUGUUACAGCCUUAUUCUAAAAUGGAUUCAAUAAUUUUUCUCAAUCUACAG